GUUCUUCAUUCAAUCUGAACGAUCAGUCAGGAGAUUUCUAAUCGCAACGGCUACAACAUCAGUCAGGCCAUUUAACUCUGUCGUCAACUCGUCAUCUCCUCCCUCCUCCCUCCUCCUGCAGAACCUAAAACAAAAAUUCAGAUACCAAGAGAUCGAGAGCUUAGGUUUUGGAGAUUUUUGAAGACUGAAAUUUCAUAAACUUGUUUGGGUUUGUUGCUAUGGAGAAGUCUAGUUAUGAAGAAGAACUCACUGAGUCAAAGAGACAGUAUCUCCACAAAUCAGUUGAGAAACUUAAAGCUGAUGCUUCUGAAAUCAUAGCCUACUCCCGUCGAUUGAAGGGUUUGCGUAAGCAUUUUGAGACUGUUGAAGACAAUAUCAACAGGAGGUCUGGAGAACUAGAGUUUAAGGAGAAGCAGCUGCAGAUUUCGAGCUUAGACCUUGACAAAAAGAGUCAAUCUUUUGAAGCAGAAAAGUCUAAAGCUGGUGAUUUGAAGAAAUUGGUGGAAGAGUGCACUGAAGAACUAAGGUCAAAGAGGAAUCAGCUGAGUGAGAAACAGAACUCAUCGGCAAGGAUUCAGGGAGAGAUUGAGGUAAGGAGUAAACAGUUGAAACAGGUCAAGUCUGAGCAUGUGAGGCUUUGCAAUGAGGUUCUUAAUAUUGAAGACCGUAAGAGAGAAGUGAAAGAAGAGACAGCUAGAAAGGCAGAAUAUUUGUCUUUGAUUCUUGACAAGAUUGAAGAAUCUAGCAAGCAGCUUGCGAGCGUAGAUGAGCAACUAGAUUCGCAACAGAGACGGCUUGCCACUCGGUCAAUGGAGCUAGUUUCUACAGAGAAGAAGUUGGGAUGUUUGAGGGAAUCCAUCGAGCUUUCCAAUUCUGACCUUCAGCUGAAAGAAAACAAGAUACAGUUGCUAAACAAUAUCAUAACGGAUUGUAGUAAAAGGAUUGACUCGAAAUCCCAAGAAGUGGAGGAAAGGCAAAAGUUGAUUGAGAAACAGACCGAUGAGCUUGCUGUGUUGCAGAAUCAGCAUGAUACUAUAAAGCAGCUUAUCCAAGCACUAUCCGAAGAGCUUGUUGCCAAGGAGAAGACACACAAGGAGAUUUUGGAGACUAUCUGCAGAAGCUCCUCUGAAAUGGAAGUAAGGGCUAAAAAGAUUAGAGCAGCAGAGGCUGAAGCAACUGAUUUGAAUGUAAGAUCUGAAUGGUUUAGGAAGGAGGUUACAGGUAAAGAAAAGGAACUUGAUCUGCUCAAGAAUCAACAUGAUACUGUAAAGCAGCUUAUCCAAGUACUAUCUGAAGAGCUUGUUGCCAAGGAGAAGACACACAAGGAGAUUUUGGAGACUAUCUGCAGAAGCUCCUCUGAAAUGGAAGCAAGGGCUAAAGAGAUUAAAGCAGCAGAGGCUGAAGCUACUGAUUUGAAUGUAAGAUCUGAAAGGUUUAGGAAGGAGGUUAAAGGUAAAGAAAAGGAACUUGAUCUGCUCAAGAAUCAGAUAGAGUCCGAGAAAAAGAAACACAUUCAACUAACGCGAGAAAUGGAAGAGGAGACGGAUAGAAAGAAGAGAGUUUUGGGACUGACUCUUGACAAGAUUGAAGGAUCGGGAAAACAGCUUGCAACCGUAGAUGCGCAACUAGUGUCACGACGGAAACUGCUUAAGAUUCGGUCAGUGGAGUUGUUUUCUGCCAAGAAGAAGUUGGGAUAUGUGAGAAAAUCUAUCAAGCAAUCCAUUUCUGUCCUUGAGCGGAAAGAAACGAUGAUACAUACAUUGAACAACAAGCUAUCAGCUAUUGACUCGAAAUCUGAAGAAUUGGAGGAAAUCAUAAAGCUGAUUGAGAAACAUACUAAUGAGCUUGUUGUCUUGCGUAAUCAGCGUGAUUCUAUCUGGCAGUUAAUCCAGGGACUAUCUGAAGAGUUUGUUGCUAAAGAGAUGGAGUUGGAAUGUGUUGUAGAAUCUAACAACCAUUUCAAAUUUGAGAUUGAGGUCAAUGAAAAGAGGGUCCAAUCAUUGAACAGUCUGAUAACGAUCUCAGGCGAACAGCUUGACAUGAAAUCUAAAGAGUUGGAGGAAAUUCAAAGAGAACUUGAGUUGAGUAAGAAACGGCUGAGAAAUAUGAGCACUGUUCUUGUUAAGAAAGAGAAGCAGGCAGCUGCAGCAGAAACUGCACCGGUUAAUGAGUAUGCUCUCACACAUCAUGAAAUCCCAGCAGCUACUCUUUCACGCCAUGAAGUGUCCAGUGUUCUUCGAGAUUUACCUAAUCCAGCAGAAUUUGUUCUGGUAGAAUUGCAGGACCAUCUUAAUGUAGAAUUGGGUUUUCAAGAUGCAGUGCUUCGGAUUUUGAUUCUUUCGUUUGAGGAGCUCACAAAAAUUCAACGACCAGAUGAUCCUCAACUGCAGAACAAAGCCACACAAGUUGCAACACUGUGGAAAGGGAUGAUAGCUAUCGAAGCUCAAAAAUCAUCUCUCGAGGUCCUGGCCUUUCUUCUGUUCAUUGUGGCAUAUGGAUUAAAGAAUUUGAUCAAUGAAGAAGAAGCUGCUUUACUUGCUUCGUCUAUUGCUCAUUACGAACAGGCUCCAAGACUCUUCAAGUCUCUGAGUCUCAAUACUGAAAUCCGAAAGUUUGUUAAAGAGCUCAUCAAGAAAAACCAAUAUAUUCCUGCAGUCCGGCUUAUAUGUCUGUUUAAGCUUAAUGGAGAGUUGUCACCCUCCCAUCUCUUAAGGAAAGAGAUCAUCAAUCUAAGACGGUCUGCCCUGGAGAGUAGACCAGCUGAAUCCUCUCAGGCUAAAGACAAAGAUGCUGGAAGAUUGAGAGCUAUACUAGAACUUGUGGCAGAUUAUAAGCUUGAAAUCAACCUCCCAGGAGACCUCAUCGCCAAGCUCAUGAUUGAAAGAGAAAAUGCAGCUCCUCAAGUUCGUUGCUAUGUAGAGCAUGCCACCUCCUCAUUAAAUCCACAAGCUGCUUCUCCUAAUCCGGUUUCUGCACAACGUUCUCUUAAUCCGGCUUCUGCUCAAAGUUCAAGUGUGAAUCUUCAGGUUCCUAAACCUGAGGUUAAACCCUACUUGAACUAGAUCCUAAUGUUUCUAUAUAUAUGUCUUAAGGCUACUAGUAGGAACCAAAGCAAGCGUGUGUAAGGGAUAGAUUCAUCAUCAUCUCUCUUUUGCACAUAGAAUUGUUCUAUGGACCAAAAAUAUUGGCUUUUUGUUUUUAGUAAUUGAAGGUUUUAUGUAGAGGUUAUUUGCGACGUUUAUGGUAGCUGUGUAACUAAG